AGCGGAAGUGGCGGCGGCGCCGGCCUGGCCUGGCCUGGCUGAGGGGAGGCGGCGGGCGGGAGCGAUGGCGGAGGCCGGGCCACAGGCGCCGCCGCCCCCGGGCACCCCAAGCCGGCACGAGAAGAGCUUGGGACUUCUCACUACCAAGUUCGUGUCGCUUCUGCAGGAGGCCAAGGACGGCGUGCUUGACCUCAAGCUGGCAGCUGACACCCUUGCUGUGCGCCAGAAGCGGCGGAUUUACGACAUUACCAACGUGCUGGAAGGUAUCGGGCUGAUCGAGAAAAAAUCCAAGAAUAGCAUCCAGUGGAAGGGUGUGGGGCCUGGCUGCAAUACCCGGGAGAUUGCGGACAAGCUGAUUGAGCUCAAGGCUGAGAUCGAGGAGCUGCAGCAGCGGGAGCAGGAACUGGACAAGCACAAGGUGUGGGUGCAGCAGAGCAUCCGGAAUGUCACAGAGGACGUGCAGAACAGCUGCUUGGCCUACGUGACUCAUGAGGACAUCUGCAGAUGCUUUGCUGGAGAUACCCUCCUGGCCAUCCGGGCCCCGUCGGGCACCAGCCUCGAGGUGCCCAUCCCAGAGGGCCUCAAUGGACAGAAGAAGUACCAGAUUCACCUGAAGAGUGUGAGUGGCCCCAUCGAGGUACUGCUGGUGAACAAGGAGGCAUGGAGCUCACCACCAGUGGCAGUGCCUGUGCCGCCACCUGAAGAUCUGCUCCAGAGCCCACCUGCUGUCUCUACCCCUCCACCUCUGCCCAAGCCUACCCUGGCCCAGCCCCAGGACACCUCACGCCCGAGCAGUCCCCACCUGACCGCCCCCGCCCCUGGCAUCACUGAAACCCAGGGGGUGCCCGGUCCAGCAACUGAGAUUACAGUGAGUGACGGCCCCGGACCAGACAGCAAGGACGGUGGUGAUCUCGGCUCCCUUUCUCCGGGCUUGGCAGCCCUGGACACCCGGCCACUGCAGUCUUCUGCCCUGCUGGACAGCAGCAGCAGCAGCAGCAGCAGCAACAGCAGCUCAUCCGGACUCAACCCUUCUACCUCCUUUGAGCCCAUCAAGGCAGACCCCACAGGAGUUCUGGAACUCCCCAAAGAGCUGUCAGAAAUCUUUGAUCCCACACGAGAAUGCAUGAGCUCAGAGCUGCUGGAGGAGCUGAUGUCCUCAGAAGUGUUUGCCCCCCUCCUCCGCCUUUCUCCACCCCCUGGAGACCACGAUUACAUCUACAACCUGGACGAGAGUGAAGGUGUCUGUGACCUCUUCGAUGUGCCUGUUCUCAACCUCUGACUGACAGGGACAUUCCCUGUGUGGCUGGGACACAGACUGUGUGAUCUGGGGGUUGCCUGAGGACCUCCCCCACUCUAGCCCUACACAGCUUGAGAGCCACAGAUUCCUGGCUUCCUCAGCCUUCCCUCACUGCAGUUCUGACCACAACUCCCACUCCUGCACGAGCACCUCUACUGUGCUAGGAAAGCAGGAGAAAGGGGCUCAGCCCCCUUCACCGUGGAGCCAGAGUGUGUGCCUCUCCUUUUCCGGGGCUUUCCCCCACCUCCUGCCCUCUCCGAGCCCAGGCUCGGCUGCCACUCAGUGGCACAGAACUGAAGACCUGCCAUCAUCUGCAUAGGGCACCUUGUCCAGCCCCACUGCCCUGUUGCAGCCAAUGCCUCCCACUCUGAGGAGGGAAGCCUGGGGUGGAGCCAGGUGCCUGCCAGCACCACCCCUAGCCCCCUUCACUUCUCCCCGCCCCUGACCCUGCAGCUCCCCUUGGACCUCUCCCGUAUACCCCGCAUCUGCUGGGUCCUUAGCCCAAGUACCUAUAGGGGGUAGGGGGUGGGGGUGGGGCUGCUAACAGGAAGGAACAGAGAGGUCUUUAGCUAGAAAUAUGGGUGGGUGAGCCCCUGAGGAUUGGCCCAAUCUCCUGCUGCCCUGUAGGCACCCCCCCCCCCCGCGUUUAUUCAUUUACCCUCAUUUAGAGCCAUUUGCAGAGAUUUAGAAAGAUUUGCAGUAACGAAUGGAUUCCUAUAUAAAGAUUAUUUUUAUACUUUUUGCAGCAAAAGGAAAUUGUAAUAUUUGUACAGUAUCCAAGUGAAUAAAGACCAUGCCUAAGGCUA